AUGGCGGCGGCUGUGGAGGAAAGCGCGCCGAAGCGGCUAAAGUCGGACUCCUGCGGCGGCGCUCGCGGCGAUGACGGCGACGGGGAAACUAACGGCGGGCCCGCGGUCCUCAGCCCGGUAUCCGGCUUUAAAACGGAGCGGGUUCUGCGCGACUCUGCGCGGGAGAAGACCGUGUUCGUCCACGGAAAGAUGGAUGAACAGGAGGCCGUUAUCAUACUGGAGAAAACGCCAAUCAGGCAAGACACACUUGAAGACAUGUUGAAGGCCAGCACACUCAAGCUGGAGAUGAAGAAUGACAUCUACAGCACCUACCAGCUCCAAGCGCCCCCUCAUCUGAACGAAAUCAAAACCACUGUGAUCUGCCCAGCAACAGAGAAGCAUGUAAAGAAAUAUCUGCGUCAGGAGACGUUUCUGAUCGAAGAAUCUGGGGACGACUACAGUGCCAUCACUCUUCCUUACAUCAACAGCCAAAGCUUCAGUGUCCAGUGGGUGUACAACAUCUUGGAAAAGAAAGCUGAGGCUGAUAGGAUCGUUUUUGAAGAUCCAGACCCGAACGUGGGGUUUGUCCUGCUGCCAGAUUUCAAAUGGGACCAGAAGCAGCUUGAUGACUUGUAUUUGAUAGCCAUCGCGCAUCGACGGGACAUAAAGAGCUUGAGGGAUCUCACAUCAGACGACCUCCCAUUACUGAAAAACAUCCAGAAAAAGGGGCUGGAGGCCAUUCAGAAGCGCUACAGCAUCCCUCCAUCUAAACUGCGAGUGUAUUUGCACUACCAGCCGUCCUAUUACCACCUCCACGUCCACUUCACCUCGCUGGACUACGAAGCUCCCGGCUGUGGGGUGGAGAGAGCCCACCUGCUGUCCGACGUCAUCCAGAACCUGCAGGCUGACUCUCAUUACUACCGCAGCCGCACCAUCACCUUCCCCCUGCGGGCCGACGACGCGCUGCUGCUAAAGUUCAAAGAGGCAGGCAAACUCUAGAGAGCGCUGGACUCUGUACACGCCUGCCCAGCUGGUAAGGGUGGACUGAUGUCAGUACAGUAUUGCAAAGUUGAAGAAGCUAACAGUCGGUACAGUGUUUGGACACAUAAAACUGUAUCCUCCCUCUGGGUCAAUGUCUUUCAAAGAAACCACAGUCAAACUAGGCAUCUGGGUGCGUCCUGUCUGUGUUAGUAUUGUUCAUAGCUCAGCUGCAAUUCCUAUUUUGCAAGAGGACAAGCUAAUUUGCUGUCUUUUAUUUUGAAAUAACUGUAAUAUUCUAAGCCAAACCAAUUCUGAUCAGGACAUAAUUAGAACUCAGUAGAAUAUAUGUUAAUCACAUUGAAUCUUGAUCUCAAAAACAAAAAUUAUUUUUCCGUUUUAUAGAAUUUUAUUACUGUUUCUGACAGUUUAUGCAGUUCAUGAACCUCUCACGGGUCACCCUUUCAUUUAUUUCAUUUCCAGUCAGAACAGCCAUUAAGUACAAUUUAUUGUAUAGUUAAUAAAUUUGCAGUGUCAAAAUAAAAGCCUGUGAAGUAAUUAAUAGAAAAUUACAUCGAAGCCAUAACAACUAAAUAUAUCACUUUGUUUGUCCACUCUUUCCAUUUAUUACAGCUUCCAUUCUUUCAGUUUUUCAGAGAUAUUUUCACACUUCCAAAGUUCAGUCGUAUAAGUUGGUUGCAUUUUCUGCUUUUCACAAUCCAAAUAUUCCUAAUUUUGAUUUAUCAGUCUGUAAAAUAUUUUACUUUUGGAAGGAUGGAGGAGUUAAAGUGGCAGCAGAGGCCACGAAGAGAUUAAACACUUCUAAGUGUAACAUUACACUCAGUGUUGGAGACUUUGGCUUCGUUCACAUUACCAGGUUGAAGUGGCACAAAUCCGAUUUUUUGCCCUAAUGUGACUCAGAUCUGAUGUUUUCAGGGCUGUGUGGACACAAAUCUGAUCUUUUCAAAUCCAACCUGAGCCACUUUCAUAUGUGGUCCUAGAUCGGAUACGUAUGACGCUCAGAUGGAGAAACAACUCAUCUCACCUUUUUCUCCUUCGUCUCGCUCUAAUAAUGAAGCUGAGAGCUGAUCAGAGUUAAUUAUCUCCUCAGCGAAGCUCGUUCUGCUCGUUAGUUUGUG